AUGACCAUCCUAAAUAUUGCUGCCAUAUACACAGUUCUCUUGCUGCUCGCGCAGACGCCACUUGUCAAUGCUCUGUUCUUGAAAAUCCUACCGAGAUUGACUGGAACGCCACCGGUGAUUGCUGCUCGCAAGCCGGCGGUAACGUCGAUAGUGCCGGCUGUGCGACACAAAAUCAGAUUAGCUUCGUGGAUUGCUGUGGACUGUCUUUCAGUACAGGAGCCGCAUGUGAAUAAGCUCAAGGAGCGAGUUACCUGA